UAAUCUUUCGUUAUAAUAUUUCACAAAUACCAUUUGAAAUAUAAUUAGCAUUUCCUGUCUUUGCAUAGUGGAAAUAGUACAAGUGUCAGUGCUACGUCAGUCUCGUCUUGGUGACUGGUGUAGUAGAAAGCUUCCUUAAAGUCACAGUUCAGCUGUAUAGUGCAUCUUUGUGUAACAUGAUGUCGGCUCUCUAUCUGUGUUAUGCAAUCUUUCUCUGCCUGCUUUUCAGCACACUGGCUAAUGAAGUGAGCGGAGGCCUAUUGGUCCGAAAGCAGGAGGGAGACAACAUCACCAUCCACUGCAGCACCUCUCAAACAGACAGAGAAAGCAUCACUCUGUUCAGGCGCUUUACUAAAGAGACAGAAGUCUUCAACCUUUACAAGGAAACUAAAAAAGUCACUCUUCAAGAUGAAUUCAAAUCCAGAAUGUAUAACGAGGGAGAAUUCCACAAUAUGUCUCUGACCAUCAAACACCUGACCACAGAGGACUCUGGGGUAUACUGGUGUACGUACAUUCGUUUUAAUAAAGCAAACAUUGAGGCUGAAAGUGUUCUUCUGGUUGUCACUGGUGAGGAGUGUAACCAGCCUGUUGAGCCCUUGUGGAUGGACAGGUACAUGACUCUAAUCCUGGUCUCAGCUGGCACCGUUGGCAUUGUUCUCCUCCUCAGUCUGGUCAUCCUUUUCACCUGGAUCAUCCCCAGGCUAAAGUCAUGGCGUGCAACGAUGGGACCAACACCAGUCAGGACUAAUGAUGUCUAUGAAGACAUGCACAACUUCAGACGUAUUUGAUGCACUUUUUCAAGUGAGCCGCACGUCUUUUGUCUAAAUAGACUGUAUGUAUAUUUUAUUUUAUGUGUAUAUUUUUUAUUUCCUUUGUUUAUUAGAUUAGAUUAAACUUAGUUGUCAUUGAACAGUACAAGUAAAGUCCAAUUAAAUACAGUUAGUAUCUAACCAGAAGUGGGCAGAAAUUGUACAAGUAUAUAUUAUAAUAUAUGUUACAAGUGAGAUGGGAUUGUGAAGAUGUAUAGAUGUGCAUUGAAGGCAAAUGCAGGAACAAAUGGCAAUUCUAAAUGUGCAAUGAAGGCAAAUUAAAGGAGCAUGUUUUUCUAAUUGGGCCUGAGCUGAUUUACCAAUGCUUCCUGUUAUUCCAGUAAAGAUAACCUACUUUUGUAUAGUCAGUGAAUCACACUCAUCUUUCUGUGGUCGCUUGGCAUUUGUGUUUUUAUCCACAGUUACAUCAAAAUAAAAAGACUAGACUUACCUGAA